CUCCACCGAUAAUGAAGUCUAUUAAUCCUAUUCUCCACGGAUGAUAAGUCCAUUAAGCCAUGAUUUUGACCAAUUUAUUUUUGGAUGGCAUUUUCAUAAUUUUGUGGGCGUCGAAAGGCCAUUUUCUUUGGAUUUUGAAGACUAUAAAUCACGGAUUCGGCCUGAGGCUAUUCUUCAAUGAUGACUAAGUCCAUUAAGCACCGAUUAGGACGGAUAUAUUCCGGGUCAAUUUUUGGCAUUUUGCAAAGGUGUACUAUCACAGAUUUUGGGCGAAUUUUCCGAAAUGCCAUUUUCUUUCGAUUAUGGAGGCUAUAGAUCACGAAAUCAGGCCGUGGCUAUUCUCCACCGAUAAUGAAGUCUAUUGAUCCUAUUCUUCACGGAUGAUAAGUCCAUUAAGCACUGAUUUGGACGGAUUUUUUCCAUGUCAAUUUUUGGCAUAUUGGAAAGGGGUACCAUCACAGAUUUUGGGUGAUUUUUCCGAAAGGCAAUUUUCUUUGGAUUUUGAAGGUUACAAAUCACGGAUUCGCUCUGAGGCUAUUCUUCAACGAUGACUAAGUCCAUUAAACACCCAUUUGGACGGAUUUAUUCCAGGACAAUUUUUGGCAGACUGGAAAGGGGGUAUCAUCACAUAUUUUGGGUGAUUUUUCCGAAAGCCCAUUUUCUUUGGAUUUUGAAGGCUACAAAUCACGGAUUCGGCCUGAGGAUAUUCUUCAAUGAUGAUUAAGUCUAUUGUUCCUAUUAUCCAUGGAUGAUUAAUUCCAUUAAGCGAUGAUUUGGACCAAUUUAUUUUUGGAUGGCAUUUUCGUAAUUUUGUGGGCAUCGAAAUGAGAAUUUUCUUUGGAUUUUGAAGGCUACAAAUCACGGAUUCGGACUAAGACUAUUCUUCAACGAUUAUUAAGUCCAUUAAGCACAGAUUUGGAUGGAUUUAUUCCGGAUCAAUUUUUGACAGAUUGCAAAGGGGUACCAUCAUAGAUUUUGGGCAAUUUUUGCGAAAUGUCAUUUUUUUCGAUUCUAGAAGCUACAUAUCACGGAAUCAGGCCGAGGCUAUUCUCCAACGAUAAUGAAGUCUAUUGAUCCUAUUCUCCAUGGAUGAUAAGUCCAUUAAGCACCGAUUUGUGCCAAUUAUUUUUGGAUGGCAUUUUCGUAAUUUUGUUGGCUUCGAAAGACCAUUUUCUUUGGAUUUUGAAGGCUACAAAUCACAUAUUCGGUCUAAGGCUAUUCUUCAAUGAUGAUUAAGUCUAUUAAGAGCCGAUUUGGACGGAUUUAUUCCGGGUCAAUUUUUGGCAAAUGACAAAGGUGUACCAUCACAGAUUUUGGGCGAUUUUCCGAAAUGCCAUUUUCUUUCAAUUCUGGAGGCUACAGAUCACGGAAUCAGGCCGAGGCUAUUCUCCACCGAUAAUGAAGUCUAUUGUCCACGGAUGAUUAAGUCCAAUAAGCACCGAUUUGGGCCAAUUUAUUUUCGGAUGACAUUUUCUUAAUUUUGUCGGCGUCGAAAGACUAUUUUCUUUGGAUUUUGAAGGCUACUGAUCACGGAUUCUACUUGUGGCUAUUCUUCAAUGAUGAUUAAGUCCAUUUAGCACCAAUUUGGGCGGAUUUUUUCCAGGUCAAUUUUUGGCAAUUUCCAAAGGGGUACCAUCACAGAUUUUGGGCAACUUUUCCGAAAUUCCAUUUCUUUCGAUUCUAGAGGCUACAGAUCACGGAAUCAGGCUGAGGCUAUUCUCCACCGUUAAUGAAGUCUAUUGAUCCUAUUCUCCACGGAUGAUUAAGUCCAUUAAGCCAUGAUUUUGACAAAUUUAUUUUCGGAUGGCAUUUUCGUAAUUUUGUGUGCGUCGAAAGGCCAUUUCCUUUGGGUUUUGAUGGCUACAAAUCACAGAUUCAGCCUGAGGCUAUUCUUCAACGCUGAUUAAGUCCAUUAAGCACCGAUUUGGACGGAUUUAUUCCGGGGAAAGUUUUGGCAGAUUGAAAGGUGUACCAUCACAGAUUUUGGGCGAAUUUUUCGAAAUGUCAUUUCUUUCGAUUCGAGAGGCAAUAGAUCACGGAAUCAGGCCGGGACUAUUCUCAACCUAUACUGAAGUUUAUUGAUCGUAUUCUCCACGGAUGAUAAGUCCAUUAAGCACCGAUUUGUGCCAAUUUAUUUUCGGAUGACAUUUUUGUAAUUUGAGUGCGUCGAUAGGCCAUUUUAUUUGGAUUUUGAAGGCUACAAAUCACGGAUUCGGCCUAAGGCUAUUCUUCAACGAUGAUUAAGUCCAUUAAGCACCGAUUUGGAUGGAUUUACUCCAGGUCAAUUUUUGGCAGAUUGCAAAGCGGUACCAUCACAGAUUUUGGGCGAUUUUUUCGAAAUGCCAUUUUCUUUCGAUUGUGGAGGCUAAAUAUCACGAAAUCAGGCCGGGACUAUUCUCCACCAAUAAUGAAGUUUAUUAAUCUUAUUCUCCACCGAUAAUGAAGUCUAUUAAUCCUAUUCUCCACGGAUGAUAGCACAUUAAGCACCGAUUUGGGCCAAUUUUUUUUCAGAUGGCAUUUUCGUAAUAUUGUGGGCGUCGAAAGGCCAUUUUCUUUGGAUUUUGUAGGCUACAGAUCACGGAUUUGGCCUGAGGCUAUUCUUCAACGAUGAUUAGUCCAUUAAGCACCGAUUUGGGCGGAUUUAUUCCGGUUCAUUUUUUGGCAGGUUGCAAAGGGGGUACCAUAACAGAUUUUGGGCGAUUUUCCGAAAUGCCAUUUUCUUUUGAUUCUGGAGGCUACAGAUCACGGAAUCAGGCCGAGGCUAUUCUACACCGAUGAUGAAGUCUAUUGAUCCUAUUCUCCAUAGAUGAUAAGUACAUUAAGCACCGAUUUGGGCCAAUAUAUUUUCGGAUGGCUUUUUCGUAAUUUUGUGGGCGUCGAAAGGCCAUUUUCUUUGGAUUUUGUAGGCUACAGAUCACGGAUUUGGCCUGAGCCUAUUCUUCAACGACGAUUAGUCCAUUAAGCACCGAUUUGGGCGGAUUUAUUUCGGCUAAUUUUUUGGCAAGUUGCAAAGGGGGUACCAUCACAGAUUUUGGGUGAUUUUCCGAAAUGUAAUUUUCUUUCAAUUCUGGAGGCUAUAGAUCACGGAAUCAGGCCGAGGCUAUUCUAUACCGAUGAUGAAGUCUAUUGAUCAUAUUCUCCACAGAUGAUAAGUCCAUUAAGCACCGAAUUGGGCCAACAUAUUUUCAGAUGACAUUUUCGUAAAUUUGUGUGCGUCGAAAGGGCAUUUUCUUUGGAUUUUGAAGGCUGCAGAUAACGGAUUCGGCCUGAGGCUAUUCUUCAACAAUGAUUAAUUCCAUUAAGCACCGAUUUGGGCGGAUUUAUUCCAGUUAAUUUUUUGGUAAGUUGCAAAGGGGGUACCAUCACAGAUUUUGGGCGAUUUUCCGAAAUGCCAUUUUCUUUCGAUUCUGGAGGCUAAAAAUCAAGGAAUCAUGCCGAGGCUAUUCUACACUGGUAAUGAAGUCUUUUGAUCCUAUUUUCCAAAGAUGAUAAGUCCAUUAAGCACUGAUUUGGGCCAAUAUAUUUUCGGAUGACAUUUUCGUAAUUUUGAGUGCGUCGAAAGGCCAUUUUCUUUGGAUUUUGAAGGAUACAAAUCACGGAUUCGGCAUAAAGCUAUUCUUCAACGAUGAUUAAGUCCAUUAUGCACUGAUUUGCACAGAUUUACUCUGGGUCAAUUUUUGGCAGAUUGCAAAGGGGUACCAUCACAGAUUUUGGGCGAUUUUUCCGAAAUGCCAUUUUCUUUCGAUUCUGCAGGCUACAGAUCACGGAAUCAGGCCGAGGAUAUUCUCCACCAAUAAUGAAGUCUAUUGAUCCUAUUCUCCACGGAUGAUAAGUCCAUUAAGCAUCGAUUUGGCUAAUUUAUUUUUCAAUGACAUUUUCUUAAUUUUGUGGGCGUCGAAAGGCCAUUUUCUAUGGAUUUUGAAGGCUACAGUUAAUGGAUCCGGCCUGAGGCUAUUUUUCAACGAUGAUUAAGUCCAUUAAGCACCGAUUUGGACGGAUUCAUUCCGGGUCAAUUUUUGGCAGAUUGCAAAGGGGUACCAUCACAGAUUUUGGGCGGUUUUUCCGAAAUGUCAUUUUCUUUCGAUUCUGGAGGCAAUAAAUCAUGGAAUCAGGCCGAGACUAUUCUCUACCGAUAAUGAAGUCUAUUGAUCCAAUUCUCCACGGAUGAUAAGUCCAUUAAGCCAUGAUUUGGAACAAUUUAUUUUCGUAUAGCAUUUUCAUAAUUUUUCGGGUGACGAAAAGCCAUUUUCUUUUGAUUUUGAAGGCUACAAAUCAUGGAUUCGGCCUAAGGCUAUUCUUCAAAGAUGAUAAAGUCCAUUAAGCACCGAUUUGGACAGAUUUAUUCCUGGUCAAUUUUUGGCAGAUUGCAAAGGGGUACCACCACAGAUUUUGUGCUAUUUUUUCGAAAUGUCAUUUGCUUUAGAUUCUGGUGGCAAUAUAUCACGGAAUCAGGCCGAGACUAUUCUCCACCGAUAAUGAAGUCUAUUGAUCUUAUUCUCCAUGGAUAAUAAUCCAUUAAGCACCGAUUUGGGACAAUUUAUUUUCAAAUGCAAUUUUCGUAAUUUGCGUCGAAAGGCCAUUUUCUUUGGAUUUUGAAGGCUACAGAUAACGGAUUCGGCAUAAAGCUAUUCUUCAAUGAUGAUUAAGUCCAUUAAGCACCGAUUUGGACGGAUUCAUUUCUGGUCAAUUUUUGGCAGAUUGCAAAGGGGAUAUCAUCUCAUAUUUUGGGCGAUUUUUCAGAAAUAUCAUUUUCUUUCGAUUCUGGAGGCUACAGAUCACGGAAUCAGGCCGAGACUAUACUCCACCGAUAAUGAAGUCUAUUGAUCCUAUUCUCCACGGAUGAUAAGUCCAUUAAGCACCGAUUUGGACCGAUUUAUUUUUCGAUGGCAUUUUCGUAAUUUUGUGGGUGUCGAAAAGCCAUUUUCUAUGGAUUUUGAAGGCUAUAGAUAACGGAUCCGGCCUGAGGCUAUUUAUCAACGUUGAUUAAGAACAUUAAGCACCGAUUUGGAAGGAUUCAUUCCGGGUCAAUUUUUGACAGAUUGCAAAGGGGGUACCAUCACAGAUUUGGGCGAUUUUUCCGAAAAGUCAUUUUCUUUUGAUUUUGGAGGCAAUAAAUAACGGAAUCAGGCCGAGACUAUUCUCCACCGAUAAUGAAGUCUAUUUAUCCUAUUCUCCACGGAUGAUAAGUCCCUUAAGCACCGAUUUGGGCAAAUUUAUUUUCGGAUGGCAUUUUCGUAAUUUUUGUGCAUCGAAAGCCCAUUUUCGUUUUAUUUUGAAGGCUACUAAUCACGGAUUCGACAUAAGGCUAUUCUUCAACGAUGAUUAAGUCCAUUAAGCACCGAUUUGCACGGAUUUACUCCGGGUCAAUUUUUGGCAGAUUGCAAAGGGCCAUCACAGAUUUUGGGCGAUUUUUCCUAAAUGCAAUUUUCUUUCGAUUUUGCAGGCUACAGAUCACGGAAUCAGGCCAAGGCUAUUCUCCACCGAUAAUGAAGUCUAUUGAUCCUAUUCUCCAUGGAUGAUAAGUCCAUUAAUCACCGAUUUGAGCCGAUUUAUUUUUGGAUGGCAUUUUCGUAAUUUUGUGGACGUCGAAAGGCCAUUUUCUAUGGAUUUUGAAGGCUACAGAUAACGGAUUCGGCCUGAGGCUAUUUUUCAAAGAUGAUUAAGUCCAUUUAGCACUGAUUUGGACGGAUUCAUUCCGGGUCAAUUUUUGGCAGAUUACAAAGGGGGUAUCAUCACAUAUUUUGGGCGAUUUUUCCGAAAUGUCAUUUUCUUUCGAUUCUAGAAGCUACAGAUCACGGAUUCUGGCCGAGGCUAUUCUCCACCGAUAAUGAAGUCUAUUGAUCCUAUUCUCCACGGAUGAUCAGUCCAUUAAGCACCGAUUUGGGUCGAUUUAUUUUUUGAUGACAUUUUCGUAAUUUUGUGUGCGUCGAAAUACCAUUUUCUUUGGAUUUUGUAGGCUACAGAAUACGGAUUCGGCCUGAGGCUAUUCUUCAACGAUGAUUAAGUCCAUUAAGCAUAGAAUUGGCCGGAUUUAUUCCGUGUCAAUUUUUGACAAAUAACAUAGGGGUACCAUCACAGAUUAUGGGCGAUUUUCCGGAAUGUCAUUUUCUUUCGAUUCAAGAGGCUACAGAUCACGGAAUCAGGCCGAGGCUAUUCUCCACCGAUAAUGAAGUCUAUUGAUCCUAUUCCCCUUGGAUGAUAAGUCCAUUAAGCACCGAUUAGGGCCAAUUUAUUUUCUGAUGGCAUUUUCGUAAUUUUGUGGGCUUCGAAAGGCCAUUUUCUUUGAAUUUUGAAGGCUACAGAUCACUGUUUUGGCCUGAGGCUAUUCUUCAACGAUGAUUAACUCCAUUAAUCACCGGUUUGGACGGAUAUAUUCCUGGUCAAUAUUUGGCAGAUUACAAAGGGGUACCAUCACACAUUUUGGGCGAUUUUUUUGAAAAUUUAUUUUCUUUCGAUUCUGGAGGCUACAGAUUACGGAAUCAAGCCGAGGCUAUUCUCCACCGAUAAUGAAGUCUAUUGAUCCUAUUCUCCACGGAUGAUAAGUCCAUUAUGCAGCGAAUUGGGCCAAUUUAUUUUAGGAUGUCAUUUUUGUAAUUUUGUGGGCGUCGGAAGGCCAUUUUCUUUCGAUUUUGAAGGCUACAGAUCACGGAUUCGGCCUCAGUCUAUUCUUCAAAGAUGAUUAAGUCCAUUAAGCAUCGAUUUGAGCGGAUUUAUUCCUGGUCAAUUUUUGGCAGAUUUGAAAGGGGUACCAUAUAGAUUUUGGGCGAUUUUUCCGAAAUGUCAUUUUCUUUCUGUUCAGGAGGCUACAGAUCACGGAAUCGGGCCGAGGCUUUUCUCCACCAAUAAUUAAGUCUAUUGAUCCUAUUCUCCUAGUAUGAUAAGUACAUUAAGCACCGACUUGUGCCAAUUUAUUUUUUGAUGGCAUUUUCGUAAUUUUUGGGCGUCGAAAUGCCAUUUUUUUUGGAUUUUGUAAGCUACAGAUCACGGAUUCUGCCUGAGGCUAUUCUUCAAUGAUUAUUAAUUCCGUUAAGCACCGAUUUGGGCAGAUUUAUUCCUGGUUAAUUUUUGGCAGAUUCGAAACCAUCACAGAUUUUGGGCGAUUUUCCGAAAUGCCAUUUUCUUUUGAUUCUGGAGGCUAUAGAUCACGGAAUUAGGCCGAGGCUAUUCUCCAACGAUAAUGAAGUCUAUUGAUCCUAUUCUCCACAGAUGAUAAGUCCAUUAAGCACCGAUUCAGACCAAUUUAUUUUCGGACGGAAUUUUUCGUAAUUUUGUGUGCGUCGAAAGGCCAUUUUCUUUGGAUUUUGAAGACUGCAAAUAACGGAUUUGGCCUGAGGCUAUUCGUCAACGAUGAUUAAGUCCAUUAAGCACCGAUUUGGACGAAUUCAUUCGGGUCAAUUUUUGGCAUAUUGCAAAGGGGGUAUCAUCACAUAUUUUGGACUAUUUUUCCGAAAUGCCAUUUUCUUUCUAUUCUGGAGGCUACAAAUCACGGAAUCAGGCCGAGGCUAUUCUCCACCGAUAAUGAAGUCUAUUGAUCCUAUUCUCCACGGAUGAUAAGUCCAUUAAGCACCGAUUUGGGCGGAUUUAUUUGAUGGCAUUUUCGUAAUAUUGUGGGCGUCGAAAUGCCAUUUUCUUUGGAUUAUGUAGGCUAUAGAUCACGGAUUCGACCUGAGGCUAUUCUUCAACGAUGAUUAAGCCCAUUAAGCACCGAAUUGGCCGGAUUUAUUCCGGUUCAUUUUUUGGAAGGUUGCAAAGGGGUACCAUCACAAAUUUUUGGCGAUUUUUCGAAAUGUCAUUUUCUUUCGAUUCUGGAGGCUAUAGAUCACAGAAUCAGACCGAGGCUAUUCUACACCGAUAAUGAAGUCUAUCGAUCCUAUUCUCCACAGAUGAUAAGUCCAUUAAUCACCGAUUUGGGCCAAUUUAUUUUCGGAUGGCAUUUUUGUAAUUUUUUGUGUGUCGAAAGGCCAUUUUCUUUAGAUUUUGAAGGCUGCUGCUCACGGAUUCGUCCUGAGGCUAUUCUUCAACGAUGAUUAAGUCCAUUAAGCACAUAUUUGGGCGAAUUUAUUUCGGGUCAAUUUUUGGCAGAUUCCAAAGGGGUACCAUCACAGAUUUGGGGCAUUUUUUCCGAAAUGCCAUUUUCUUUCUAUUCUGGAGGCUACAGAUCACGGAAUAUUACCGAAGAAUUUCUCCUCCGAUAAUGAAGUCUAUUGAUCCUA